AUGCCUACUGGCGCAUGGCCUGCAGCGUUUCUCAGACUUCUCGAGUGGAUCCCAUUCUUAACCCGGGCGAUGUGUCUGGACAUGUGCAUAAGUUUGCAGGCGGUAGCAGUCAGUACAGUGAGCUCCAAGGUCGACCAUUAUGCUGACUGCCCAGAUGUCAACCAAUUCUCCACCUUCGAUUCUCUCCAAACCUCGACCUGUUCGACAUGCGAAGUCCAGGAGGACAAAUCGGCCUAUUGGACCCCACAACUAUACUUUGCUCACGCAAACGGCUCGUUCGAGGAAGUGCCCAACUACGGAAUGACAGUAUAUUACGUCGGUCGCGGGGGCAACUCUUCCAACACGGUCCCAUUCCCUCCCGGAUUCAAGAUGAUCACGGGCGACACUCGACAGCGAUCCUACGACAAUACGACCUUGACAUACAUGGAUACCAGGCCUGUGGCCGAUAGGGUAAGUUUCCGCUGCAUUAACGAAGCUAACGAUAUUCCAGAAGAACACUAUAUGUUUCGAUCCGACUGUGUCAAUGGCAUGCGAGCUCAGAUCAACUUUCAGUCCUGCUGGGAUGGAGUGAAUCUUUAUCUCGAAAACAGCGCCCACGUCGCAUACUUGUCAGGCAUCGACUACGGUGUCUGCCCUCCUUCCCAUCCGGUUCCUAUUCCUGGCCUAUUUUUCGAGGUUCUUUACUGGACAAACGCGGUUGACCAAUCGGGCGGUGGCAAAUUUGUCUUCUCCAAUGGUGAUGAUACUGGUUACGGCUUCCAUGGCGAUUUCUUGAACGGCUGGACCAUGGACAUACUAGAUGGUGCAGUCCAAGACUGUCUCUACACAGACAACGGCGGGGUGGUGAGCGCGUGCUCUCACAUCGCUCCCAGCGACGAUACCAACUUCCCACGUGACUGCCUCGAACAGCCAUCAGUGUUUGACGAGCCGGUGCACGGAAUGAUUUCAGCUUUGCCUGGUUGUAAUCCUAUCACAUCUGGCCCUGGCUUGGCUGAACAAAUCCUCUGUCCUCUUAACUCGCACUCACCGGACCCAGCAAACCAAAUACCAGUUUCAAGCUCCACAUCUACCACGACUACCUCUUCUUCAGAUGCUACGACGACAACCACAGAAUCUACCAUGUCAACCACGACCGAAACAUCCAGCAUAUCGACUCCAAAUACAAUCGAUGCAGUGGCUACAAGUGUCUCUUCCUCCACGACGACCACGACGACCACAACCACGACCUCCUCCCCCUCAACUGGCCUGUCAACCUCUGAUCUACCUCCGAUCUCACCUACUGUGACAUCCUUCGGCCAGUUCACUUCGACCAUGGGAUCGAAUGGCGGGCUAGCAACUACCACAGUCACCGAGUGGGUUACCAUCACCGUGACGGGACCCAAUGGUGUACCGACGAAUUUAGUCGCUCUAAGCAGCGCCCCGGAUGUCACAUCCACGUUUUUGUCGGCAGACCCAAGCUUGCAGUCAAUGGUGUCUGCCGGGAGAUCGAUAUACGUCGACCCUUGUCCUGAUGGAGGUCCGAGGCCAUUCAGAAAUGGUAUGAGGACCAUUACCUUGUACGCCGCUGUGACUCCAAGGAAUACUGGCCCGCUAUUCUCAAGCGUAACUCCUACGACCACGGACACGCCCACUCCUACCAGUGCAUCUUCGGCCUUUUCGCAAGUCGCAGGCCUUCCAGGCACCACUCUCACGACAAUAGCGACUCCCGCUCCUGCCGAUACAGGCGAUAACAUGAAUAUCGCUAUCUCGACAAGCUUAGCCCUGGCUGAUGGUUUUCCAGCCGGCAUUUCGACAGCAUUUGUGACAACCACACAAUCUGUCACCGAGACCACCACUAUGACGUCUACCACCACAUCUACGCCAGUUACGACGCCUUUCCGGAUUCGAGGACGUGAAGUAUUCUAG